AUGGCACUUCCCUCUGAGAGCGAGUACGGGCCCAUCCGCACGCCUCUCGACGUCGACAAGCUGCGGGCCUACAUCGAGCAGCAGGUCAAGGGCUUCAAGGUCGACCCGACCGUGUACCAGUUCUCGUUCGGCCAGUCCAACCCGACCUACCUCCUGACGGGCAACGACGGCAAGAAGUACGUCGUGCGCACCCGUCCGCCGGGCCCGCUCGUGAGCAAGACGGCCCACGCCAUCGACCGCGAGUACCGCAUCCUCGACGCCCUGAGCCAGGAGGGCAGCGUCCCCGUGCCCAAGGUGUACCACCUGUGCAAGGACGACUCGGUCAUCGGGCGGCAAUGGUACCUCAUGGAGUACCUCGCAGGGAGGAAGUACGAGGACGUGCGCAUGCCCGAGGUCGAGACCAAGCAGGAGCGCGAGGCACUGUGGCUGUCGGCGAUCCAGACGCUCGCGUCGCUGCACGCCCUCGACCCGCAGAAGAUCGGCCUCGGCAACUACGGCUCGACGGCCGCGUUCUACCCGCGGCAAAUUCGAUCCCUGUCGAAGGUUUCGCAGGCCCAGUCCGAGGUCAAGAACGCGAAAACGGGCGAGCCGGUCGGCCCAAUCCCGAACCUCGAGUUCCUCCUCAAGUGGUACGGCGCCAACCUGCCUGGCGCCAACCCGAACGCGCCGCAGAUCCAGCAGGGCGGCAGGAGCCUCGAGGCGAGGAUCGUUCACGGCGACUUCAAGAUCGACAACUUGAUCUUCCAUCCGACAGAGCCUCGCGUCAUCGGCGUCAUUGACUGGGAGCUCUCGACCCUCGGGCACCCGUUCUCGGACCUCGCCAACCUGCUGCAGCCGUUCUACAUUCCAGCAGGCAAGGGCGCGGCGGGCUACUUGACGGGCUUGAGGGACCUCCCACCUUCUGCGCUCCCGAUCCCGCCUCCCUCGGUCCUCCUCUCGACCUGGUGCACCCACCUCGGCCUCGACUUUCUCACGACCGUCGGCGGCGACGCGGGCACGGCGGCGGCGGGCGCGAUGGGCAACCUCGAGCUCGAGCAGCAGGGCGACGUCGCGAGGGGCAGGAGGGCGUGGGAGGGCUGCGUCUCGUUCGCCUUCUUCCGGCUCGCCGUCAUCACGCAGGGCAUCGCCGCCCGUGUCGCGCAGGGCAACGCCUCGUCGGCCAAGGCGGCGCAGCACGCCAAGAUCUUCCCGCGCCUGAGCGAGCUCGCGAUCGAGCACAUCAAGGUCUUUGCAGACGGGCCGCAGGGCGAGAAGGCGAGGCUGUAGAGCUGGUUCGGCCGGCGAGGUUCGAGACGAGGUCCGUGCAGUGCGAUUUCUCAAGUUUAGUGCCC